UCUUAGAAUGACAACACCCAAUUUGCAUAUUACAAAAUGAUGAUCACACUUUUUUUCCUUCUCAGAAUCUAAAAAUGGUACCUGACAAGUCAUGCUUGGUUUGCAAAAAAGCUUCAAAUGGAAUGCAUUUCGGUGCACUCACCUGCCGAGCGUGCGCCGCAUUCUUUCGAAGGGCUACUGUACUGAAAUUACAGUAUAAAUGUAAGCAGGGGAAUUCAAAAUGCAAUAUUGAUGGUCGUGGAAGAUAUGUCUGCCGGCAGUGUCGUCUGACAAAGUGCAAAGCAAUCGGGAUGAAUGAAGAGAAAGUUCAAUUGGACUAUGACCCAACGUACUCGUUUCGCGGUUUGAUGGAGGAUAGUGGAAGUGACGAAUUCUCUACGCCAAAUGGAAGCCCAGCUCAAUCUGAUUACAGCCCGACCAACUUGAGCCGGAAGAACUCGGUGGAGUCACCUGGAAUUGAUCCGAACUUUUUGUUCACCUUCUCGCCAAAAACACCGGAUAAGCCGAACAUGGUUAUCAGUUUUAAUGACUUGGUGAAGAAAAUUGAAACGUCAUUUUCGCAUAAAACAAAAGGCGACGAUUGUGAACUGACUACUUUGACGUCUGCAUUGAAAAAGUUUAGGAAAAAUCAAAAAGCUCAAAGUCAAAUCUCUUUUCUUGACAAAGUCGAGCUGAAAUCUGCUAUUGAUUGGCUCAAUGAUCGAAUCUAUAUGUACUCUUGUUGGUUUUCCUCUUCAAAAUCUUUAAUGUCUCUACCCAUGGAUCAAAAAAUGCAGCUCUUCCGAUCUUCUUGGAAUGUCGUUAGAACAUUUGAGCGCCUAGAAAUGUCUGUCAAGAUUUUUGAAGAAGGAGUCAUUCGAGGAGGAUAUAUACUUAUCAAUGAUGAUCUCGCAAUGAAAUUGGAAUCAACUCAUAUUGACUUUGCCUCGAUAACUGAUCUCACGAAUCAAUAUUUCAACAAACUAUUCGAACCCUUCCUACACCGUUACAUAGAUGAAGUUGCAAGGCCACUUCUUGAUCUCAAGCCAACUACGGAAGAAGUCGUUUUUUGUAUGGUUCACCUUAUUGGACUUGAAGAAGGUGAUCUUUCUCAUGAAACACGAGAAGCUUGCGAACAAAUGCGAGCAGAAAUUGCUGACCAAAUGCACGUUUAUUAUACAAAUCGGACGGAUAUCAAAAUGUAUUCUCAUCGGCUUCUGAUUCUUAUGAAACUGGUCAAAUCCAUGAAGAGAAUCUCUCGUGAGAAAUCAAAGAUCAAGGAGCUCUUCUGGCUUUUUGACAUCUUUCAUGCCGAAAUCUCGGAGCCGUAUUUUUUCGAGAUGUUUUAGAAAAUGAUGGGAACCCAAAUCAAGAAAAUGCUCACACAACCAGUCAUGAUAAUUUCAUAAUUCAUUUUUACGUACGAGUUUUACAAUACGAGUUGUUUCUUUUUGAAAAUCAAACAAGUUCACAUAAAAUAUUUUUUGAUAA